UUUCUCUUCCGCUUUUAAAAGACGCAAGCGCACUGCCGUUACAUUUCCCGCUUCAUAUCAGUACGUUAAUCAGUUCCUUAGCAACAUUUGAAUCAAAUGGAUUAUCAAGCACAUACUAUUCAUAGAAACGACAUCAGACGCACCGUGCAAGUGACGCGUUAUGUUUUAAAUUUAAUUGGCGUAUGGCCAUCGCAGGACAAUUCGUCCGGUUUCAGGCUCGCCUGGAUAAAAAUGUUUAGAAUCCUAUGUCAGAUUCUACUGUACUUUAUCUUCGUGCCAGGAGUGCUGAAAAUGUUUCUCAAGGAGAGAAAUACGCGUCGUCGCCUUAAAAUGAUCGGUCCUAUGUGCAACUGUUUGAUGGCCGUGUUGAAGCACGCGGUGCUAAUUUGCCGAGGUGAUCGCAUCAAGGACUGCAUCAGGCACAUCGAGGAAGAUUGGAGGAAAUUAAAUCUGGCGGAAGAUCGUAGGAUUAUGAUGGGCAAUUCGAGAAUCGGCCGUAGUCUCGCGAUCCUCUGCGUAGCCUUCGUCUACGGCAGCGGAUUUUCGUAUCGCACAAUUAUGCCCUUGUCACGAGGAGUCAUCAUCACGCUACAAAAUGUAACGAUCAGGCCAAUGGGAUUCGACGGUUAUUACGUGUUCUUCGAUCCGCAAAAAACACCUGCUUACGAAAUCGUCUUCAUUAUUCAGUUUCUUUCUGGAUUCGUGCAGUACUCGGUAACCAGUGGUACCUGCAGUCUGGCAGCUCUUUUGGUACUGCACGCAUGUGGUCAAUUGAAAAUUCUUAUCGCCAGGAUGAAGAAUCUUACGCAGAUUAAACAGUUUUGCGACAAAAACGCUAAUCAGAAAUUGGCAGCUGUUGUGAAGCAACAUAUUAGAAUUAAGAGCUUUUUAAACAAAGUAGAAGAAAUUUUGCAAUAUACGUGUCUGAUAGAAGUAAUCGGAUGUACGUUCAUAUUGUGUCUUCUUGGAUAUUAUAUAAUAAUGGAGUGGGAAACUAAAAAUGCAGUAUCUAUGACGACAUAUACUAUACUUCUUUUAACAUUCAUCUUUAAUAUUUUCAUAUUGUGCUUUAUUGGCGAGCUACUCACGGACCAGAGCAUGAAAAUGUACGUUACUUCUUGUACUCUCGAUUGGUAUCGCAUCCCUCACAAAACUGCUCGUGGUCUCACUUUAAUGAUCGCGGUAUCUAGUGUACCUAUUAAAAUCACUGCGGGAAAAUUUAUGGAUCUAUCUCUCAAUAGUUUUGGUGCUAUCGUACGGACAUCAGUAGCAUAUCUUAAUAUAUUACGGACAACCAGCAUUUAA